AUGGGUUCAAGUCUUGAUGGAGCCAUAGGCUUGAUGGAUGAGGGUGCAAAGAAAAUAGGGGUGGUGAGUGCGCUUCCAAUUGGAUGUUUGCCUGCUAUCAUUACCGCUAACUCCAAGGACCCUAUUCAUAGUCGUAAAUGCAUUGAACGUUUUAAUUCCAUUUCAAGAGAUUAUAAUAAACUUCUGGAAAAUAACUUAAAGGGUGUUCAAAGAUGGGAUACAAGGAUUAUUUAUGCUGAUAUAUACAAGCCCAUCAUGGAUAUGGUUACAAGAAACCGUCAAAAUGUCGGGAAUACGCAAACGACAUCACACCCUGAUCUCCAAUCCCGAUCCAAGACUACAAGUCCCGAAGACCAGAUCCGUCCUACCCUCACGAAGAUCUUCCCAAAUCUGCUUACCAAAUGUAAAGAUUUGUUGCUCUUUGCCUCAUGGCUACUCAUAUCUGUUCAUUUCAACCAUCAUCUGUUGAGAUCUGUUUGGCUCUCGCCAAGAUCUGACCAAAUUUGUUUACCGAAUGCUUAG